AUGGGAAAUAUUAUCUGCUGCAUAUCUAGCCUAGUUUCUGGUUUGGGUGAUUCCCAAGUGUAUUUCAAUCGUUUAAAGGAUGCGUUUUCUGUAGAAUCGAAUUCGGACUUUACUCGCAAUGAGCAGCUCUAUUUCAACGUAAUCAAGGCGUUAAAGUGUAAUAGAGUUCGAUAUGCCGUGAACACACUUGAAGCAAUCCUACUGAAUGACCCCGUGGAUAUCUUAGCAAUCAACACUUUGUUUUCUCUCUACCAACGACUAGGAGAAAGCAGUCAAAUGUUUUCUUCCAUAUCCCGAACCUGGUCAUACUGGGGCAUCGGCAUCCCCUGCGACUCUUCCAUCGCAGGGUACCGCGCUCUCUCUCUGAUGGAAAUGAAUCAAAUCGACGAGGCAGAAAGGGUCGGAAUGCAGGCUCUCUCCGGAGAACCGGGCGACGUCCGCGCGAUCCACGCUGUUUUGCACGCCAUGGAGUCCAAAGGACGAGCGCGCGAAGGACUCCGUUUUCUCCGCGAAACCGAAGAAGCGUGGUCUGUCGAUCCCGCGGUUAUGAAGAACGGAUCGACUCUCGACCAUCAUCUUCUCUCUCACAAAGCGACGCUAAACAUGCAGCUAAAGCAGUACUCCAACGCGAUGGACAUCGUAGACAACGCGCUGGCGCGCGAAGAGCAGUUCGUGGAGAAGGGCGUGCUGCCAGGAAACGAGGGAAUGAAGCAGGAUCUCCUCCGCAGCGAUCACAUCAACGACUAUAUUCAGAUCUUCUACCGCAUGGAGCUGCUGGGAGAAGGCAUGGGCGAUCGAUGGAGCCGCGUUUCGCGGUUGUUGGACGCGACGGAGAAGAAGAUAUUGGCGCCGAUGGACGUGGUGUAUCGGUCGAUUCUGUUCUCGAUUACGGGGGAGGAGCAGAAGCUGCGCGCGCUGCUGGAGAGCCAGGAAAGCGAGGAGCGGGACGCGCUGUGGAAGGAGUUCGCUCUGCGUAGAGAAUGGAGAGUCGGUUUGAGCGUAGCGGAGACGGAGAUCAAGUGGAACCAUGUGAAUGGAGAGGAUCGGAUGGACGUGACGGCCGCGAAUCCGUUGAUUUCGCCGUGUGUGAACGCGCUGCUCGAGCUGAACAAUGUAGAGAACGCAGUCGUGUGGGCAUUAGGAACACUAUGA